AUGAUGAACGACCGCCCUCCCCCGCCGGCCGACCCGGACCCCGUCGUCCCGCGCGAGCUCAAGGCCAAACGCGCCGUGCCGUCCCCGCGCAAGGCGCCCACCGUCCGCAGCGGCAAGGGGUCCAUCUUCGGCAAGGCCUCGAUCCCGAGCGUCUACUGGGCCGGCGACGACGACUCGACGCCCGUCAACAACGACGAGUUCACCUUCUACCGCGAGGGCACGCCGCCGCCGCUGCCCGAGGGGGGCAGCCGGGAGAGCGAGAAGGACGCCCUCGCCCGCGCGAGGGGCUACCGGCAGAGCGUCUUCGACCACGACGAGGAGGACAGCGAGCGCGGCCGCCGCCGCAGGUGCUGCGGCAUGAGGGCGUGGGUGGCUUGGCUUCUCGUCGCGCUGGUCGUCGCCGUCGCGCUGGGGGUCGGUAUCGGCGUCGGCGUCGGCGUCGGCGCCCGCGUCGGGACGAAGGCGAAUCAGGCGGCCUCGGAUGGGAGUGCCGCUUCGAUCGGUUCCUCCCCAACUGCGACACCGACGAUACUAAUCGUCCCGACUAUGUCAAGUUCGUCGAUGGGCAGUAUCACGGCCACAGGAACAACGGCAGCAUCGACGGCAUCAGCAGCAUCAGCAUCGACAGCAACAGGAGCAGCAGCAGAAUCAACAGGAGCAGCAUCACCACCAUCAUCAUUAUCAUCAUCACUAUCAUCAUCAUCACCAUCACCACCCCCGCCGUCAUCAUCACCAGCAACGACCGGCAUGUCGAUGCUGGACAGCGUGUCCCCGACGUCGACGACGGGCAGCUCGACCACGACGGCGUCCCCGACGGCGACCUCGGGCCCCAACGCCAUCUGCCCGGAGGCCGACAACACCGUCUACCACGUCGUCGGCUCCGACAAGCGCUUCCUGCGCCUCUGCGGCCUCGACUACACCGGCGACGACGGCGCCAUCGACAUGUCCGACGCCCUGGCGUCCACCAUGGGCGAGUGCAUGGAGCAGUGCGCCCGCGUCGCCCAGUGCACCGGCGUCUCGUGGGGCAACGUCCUGAUCAACGGCGCCCCCGAGCUGCGGUGCUGGCUCAAGCGCGACUUGAAGAAGUCCCGCGCCACCGUGGCCAACUGGAACUUUGCCGUCCUGUUAUGA